AAAAGUUACACAGAGAAGCGAACAAAAAUAGUUGAUUGUAUGGGGAGCUAUAAACGAAGUGCAGAAAGAGCGGAGAUGGAAGUUUCGAACACAAGGUUCUUGUUAACGAAGAGAAGAAAGAGUACGCGAGAAUUGCAGGAAUUGGAAUUAACUUCACCGGACAUUGAGCUCGAAGAACCUCGUUUCCUCUCAAAUUCUCUGAACGAGGCUAUUACCGUUGCUGCUGGUUCCUCGAGUUCCGGUGUAGUGCUCGCCGCUGGAGGCGGCGACAGGUGUUUCCGUCUCUGCUCCGGCGUGUCUUCUUUCCCUCGUUGUUAUGGUAAUGAGUCAUGUGGUAUCGUGAAGGAUAGCUUGAGAUUCGUAGAUCUAGAGGCCAAGAGUUUGGAAACUGAAAUCUCAACGCGCAUCAACAUUAACAAAUUCAGUAGGGAAACAACGCCAUUAUCAAGCGAGCUCAGUGGAGAGUCAGAGGAAAUGGAAUCGCGGGAGAAAAAUCCGCUAUCAUCACCAGCUAAGCAGAAGCCGAAAACGCCGUCGCAAGCGGAGAUCGACGAGUUCUUCUCCGUCAACGAAAAGUACGAGCAAAAACGAUUCACUGAGAAGUACAACUAUGAUAUUGUCAAGGAUAUGCCUGUCGACGGUCGAUACCAGUGGGUUCGCUUAAAGCCCUGAAACAUCAUCACAGAAGAAGAGAGAGAGAAAAAGGUUAGAGUUACACGCGGUAGAACGGCUUAUGCCAUUUGACAGACAAAUGAAAGUGAAGGGACUGUUGGUUUGUUUUGAUGUGAGUAUUCACUUAAUUUGUACAGUUAAGAAGAAAGCAACCUUUUUCUGUUUGGGUAAAAAGAAGAAAAAAAAGGCUAGAAAAUCCUUUUGGGAAAAGAAAGUUACUCAACUUUUAUCCCCAAUUUGAGUAUCUGUCUAAAUUUCCACUAAGCAUUAAUGGGGAUUUGGUUCUAUUGGAAAUGUGUUCUUCUUUCUUUCAGCUUCCUCUUGCCGUCAUUCGAAUUGAUUCUUUCUC